GUGCCUUUGAUUGUCACCAAAUGCAUAGAACGAGUCGAAUUACUAGGUGGUUUGGAAAAGGAAGGCAUUUACAGAGUCUCUGGUAGACAAAGUAAUAUUGAUUUAUUAAAGAGUGAGUUUGAAAAGGACGAAGAACUGGUUGAAUUGGUGGAUUCAAAAUAUGAUGUGUUUACUAUUGCUUCUGUAUUAAAGUUGUAUUUAAGAGAACUAAAGGAUCCCUUAUUCGAUUUUCCAAUGAAUGAUCGUGUGACGUAUUCAAAACUGGAAAACUACAAUGAUCGUAAAAGCAUACUUGAAAAAUCAAUAAGCAAUUUAUCUCAAGCAGAAAGAGACACCUUAAAGGCAUUGAUUACUCAUCUAGCCAAAGUGGAGGCAAAAUCUAACCUUAAUAAAAUGACCAUCAAGAAUCUAUCCCUCAUGUUUACACCUGCUAUAUUCCAUGAC